AUGGAGGGCGGUGGACAAUUCCUCGACCAGCAACCGGACCAAGAUGACAUCGACAGGGAGCUCGUAAUGUUCGCGGUCCGCAGCUUCGCGCACGGCGGCUUCCACUCGCCCGCCGCCGCGGCCGCCCCGGCGGCCAUGUCCACGGAGUACUACUACGCCUUGGGCCUUGCCGGCGGGCAAGCGUCGUCCGUCAGGGCCGCGGACCACCGCCCCUUCCCCGUCCAGGACGGGGCGGCGCCGGCCGCGUGGAGCCGGGUGGCGCCGUGCGGGCACCGGUUCCACGCCGCGUGCGUGGAGAAGUGGCUGCGGGUGAAGCCCAGCUGCCCCGUGUGCCGCCGCCCUGCCGCUCCCUCUCCUCCGGCCGCGGUGCCAGGAGCAAUGAACUAG